AUGUCGCUCUACAACUUCACGUACAUCCUCAUCGGCGACUCAGGUGUCGGUAAGACAUGCCUGCUGGUGCAGUUCCUCCACAAGGAGUUCCACCCUGUCGUUGAUUUCAACAUCGACACCGAGUGCGGGGACAAGAUGAUCACCAUCGACAACAAGCCCGCCAAGCUCCUGAUUUGGGACACGCCAGGCCGACACGCAUUCAGAUCGUUAACUACACCACUCUACGACGAGGCUGUCGGUGCUCUCUUGGUUUAUGACAUCACCAGGAGGGAGACUUUUAACUAUCUCGCCAACUGGCUGCAAGAUGCAAGGAAAUAUGCGCACCCUGGCAUGACAAUAAUGCUGAUUGGGAACAAAUGCGAUCUAUCUCACAGCCGUGCAGUGAGCUAUGAGGAAGGCGAGCAGUUUGCAAAGGACCAUGGCCUUCUCUUUAUGGAGGCAUCUGCAAAAACUGCACAGAAUGUUGUGGAGGGUUUCCUUCAGACUGCUGUAGGAAUAUACAAGAAAAUUCAAGAUCCUUCCUCCGAUCUAUAUAAUUAG